ACUCUGGACUCGGGACUCUGGACUCUGGACUCUGGACUCUGGACUCUGCGCUCUGGACUCUGGGCUCUGGACUCUGGACUCCGGACUCGGGACUCUCGACUCUGGACUCGGGACUCUCGACUCUGGACUCCGGACUCGGGACUCUGGACUCCGGACUCGGGACUCUGGACUCUGGACUCUGGACUCGGGAUUCUGGAAUCUGGACUCGGGACUCUGGACUCUGGAAUCUGGACUAGGUACUACGGACUCUGGACUCUGGACACUGGACUCGGGACUCUGGAUUCAGGACUCGGGACUCGGGACUCUGGACUCUGGAAUCUGGACUCUGAAAUCUGGACACGGGACUCUUGACUCUGGGCUCCGGACUAGAGAAUCUGCACUCUGGACUCUGGACUCUGGACUCUGGACUCCGGACUCGGAACUCUUGACUCUGGACUCGGGAUUCUGGACUCUGGACUCUGGACUCCGGACUCUGGCCUCUGGACUCGGGACUCUGGACACUGGACUCGGGACUCUGGCCUCUGGACUCAGGACUCUGGACUCUGGACUCUGUACUCGGGACUCUGGUCUCUGGACUCUGGACUCUGGACACUAAACUAUGGACUCUGGACUCGGGAAUCUGGACUCUGGACUCUGGACUCUGGACUCUGGACUCUGGACUCGGGACUCUGGACUCGGGACUCUCGACUCGGGACUCUGGACUCUGGACUCUGGACUCUGGACUCGGGACUCUGGACUCUGGACUCUGGACUCGGGACUCUGGACUCUGGACUCCUUACUCUGGCCUCUGGACUCGGGACUCUGGACUCUGGACUCUGGACUCUGGACUCUGGACUCUUGUCUCUGGACUCUGGACUCUGGACUCUAGACUAUGGACUCUGGACUCGGGACUCUGGACUCUGGACUCUGGACUCUGGACUCUGCACUCUGGACUCUGGGCUCUGGACUCUGGACUCCGGACUCGGGACUCUCGACUCUGGACUCCGGACUCGGGACUCUGGGCUCUGGACUCGGGACUCUGGACUCUGGACUGGGGACUCUGGACUCUGGACUCUGGACUCUGGACUCAGGACUCUGGACUCGGGACUCUUGACUCUGGACUCUGGACUCUGGACUCUGGACUCGGGACUCUGGACUCGGGACUCUGGACACUGGACUCGGGACUCUGGAAUCGGGACUCUGGACUCUGGACUCGGGACUCUGGACUCUGGACUCUGGACUCGGGACUCUGGACUCUCCACAUUGGACUCUGGGCUCCGGACUUGGGACUCUGGACUCUGGACUCUGGACUCUGGACCUUGGACUCUGGACUCUGGACUCGGGACUUUCGACUCUCGACUCGGGACUCUGGACUCUGGACUCUGGACUCGGGAUUUGGGCUCUGGACUUGGGACUCUGGACUCUGGACUCUGGACUCGGGACUCGGGACUCUGGACUCUCCACAUUGGACUCUGGACUCGGGCCUUGGACUCUGGACUGUUGACUCGGGACUCGGGACUCUGGACCCUGGACUCUGGACUUGGGACUCUGCACUUUGGACUCUGGACUCUGGACUCUGGACUACGGACUCGGGACUCUCGACUCUGGACUCGGGACUCUCGACUCUGGACUCCGGACUCAAGACUCUGGGCUCUGGACUCGGGACUCUCGACACUGGACUGGGGACUCUGGACUCUGGACUCUGGACUCUGGACUCUGGACUCUGGACACGGGACUCUUGACUCUGGGCUCGGGACUUGGGACUCUGCACUUUGGACUCUGGACUCUGGACUCUGGACUCUGGACUACGGACUCCGGACUCUCGACUCUGGACUCGGGACUCUCGACUCUGGACUCCGGACUCAAGACUCUGGGCUCUGGACUCGGGACUCUCGACACUGGACUGGGGACUCUGGACUCUGGACU